AGCGCUUGCUUGCAGUGCUUGCACUACCGGAAAGCAACUUGACCAUCAGCUGCGCGAAAGCGCUUCCUUAUUGUGUCGGUAUCGCAUUUGCACACGGGUGUGGACAAACAUGCGAACAUGGAAGCGGCGGCCACGGUGAGCUCCUGUCAAAAGAUUUCCGCGGGCAAACGCUGCGCACCGAAGCAAUCAAAUGACUUUCCAGCAACAAAAGUCGGGGAAAGUGAAAGUGCAUCGUGCCUCCCUGCCGUCGUCGAAGAUGGAGACGGUAGCGAGUCGCCGCCCUGUGCUUCUGAAGUUUCUCAUUCAACAACACGUCAGGAUGGCGCUGAUUUGCGGCCGGGGCACCCCGAGAAAGUUGGUCGAAGUGAAACGUUUGAUGACAGCCAGAAGGAAAAAGUCAAAGCCGUACCGCAGCCCACGGAGCCGAUCUGCGCAGUUGUUUUAUCGCAAGUAGCACCGAGUGCAUCUGACGACGCUCCCGAGGAAGUGCACAGUGGCAUUUAUACAGGAACCACGGAUAAAAAGCAGGCAGAGAUUGCCCCGGCAUUCUCGCACGAUUUGCCGUCUGCCCCUGCGGAUACCGGCAGUGAAACGGGCGACGAGUGCAGCGACUGGGAAGAAAUAAGAACAGAGGAUUUAACUGAAGCGCCUUCCGCCCCGCCGACGGUUCCUCCGGACACGCACGAUAGUCCGUGCGCUUUUCCGACGCCUCCUAACGCACUGACUACCCGCACUCAACUUGAAAGUUACAAAGUUACUGCCUUGGUGCCGACGGCAUGUGGUUACGAUGUGUUCGGUCGAAGCCGCGACAUUGGCAGACACUAUCCCGAAAUUUCUGGGAUUUCUGACCACCGUGCAGUAAUUAGACCACUUCUGGAAGAUCAGGUACUUCAGAUGUAUGGAGGUGCUUGGUUGAAAGGGAGAGAAAACAUGGUAGCCAACUUUGCCAGCCUUAACGAAGAAAAAAAUCUAAACAGCCACAGCCUGUAUGUGUUGCUAGCAAACUACUCGCGAUCCAGGGAUCUCUUGAGUGAGACCACCAGUCUUAUGGAGAGCUUGCGAGAAGAGACUGCCCAGUGGGAAGCACGUGUGUGGAACCUGGUGUCAGCCUCGGUGACUGGCACUGGAAGUUGCAAUGACUACGUACAAGUUAGCGGGACACACCACUUCCAGCAGGCCAAGUACAACAAGGACGUUGCAUCGAUUUUAGCCUCGCGUUCUGAGCAGAUGCUUACUUUGCUGAAGGAGAAACAUGUUGUUUACAUGCACAACGUUAAUACCCUCCGUGUCCAAAUUGAUUACCAUUUUCAGCUGGUUGUCAGUGGCACUCCAUUUAGGGACAUGCAGAACAGUAGGCCUAUCAGCUUCAAAAUUCAAACGGAACCAAACUGCAAUGUCUCUGAACUUAAGUCAUGCAUCAGUGUCCUGUUCCUGUUUUUGAGGAAGGGUUCAAAGGACAAGCUUUUAGUGAAGGAUGUGCAGUCAUGGGUGCACACCCUCUCCAAUGUACUGCUUCGUGUAGCCUCUUUGGCUGACCACUUCUUCUUGCUCAACCAUGUGCUUCUUUGUCCACCAGGGAUCCACAAGUGGGCCAUUAGCUUGGUCCAGGUGCCGAGUCCUCUGCCGCCUGUAAAGUCUGACUGCCACCAAAUGCUUGACUAUGCCCUGGCAGUAUUAGCCACGAUUUUGUCCCCAUUCAGAGCUCAUAAAGAGUACCUGCGAUCUUUGCCGAAGAAGGAGCUGGCCUCAGUUCUUGGCUGCAUAGAAAGUGAUGUUGUUGCCCUGCUAAACCAAGUACCAUUUAUUGACAUCCUGAAUUUUUUGCGUGGCACACCCGAAGAGACCGAUGCAGCUAAGAUGUCGGAGCUAGAUGUUCUCAAGGCAAUAGCAGUGGCAUCACAUCUGGUCUCUAUACUCCACACUGGCCUGAAGACCUACAGUGAUUCAUGGUGCAAGCAUUUGUCAAGAAAGAUUGCUCGCCUUAUUUCCCUUACCAUUCACUGUGUGUCCGACCUGUUGAAGGGAUUCCAGCUAAUGCACAAUAAUAGUGACCCUGCUCUCCUCACGCAUCUGCAAGUUGAAUAUGACCAGCUUUUUCUUCGAGCUGUCAACAGCAUCUUUCAUUCAUGCAAAACAGGAGCAUGGCAGUUCAUGGUAGGCCUUCCAUAUGCAUCCAUUUCUGCAGCUAUGACUUGGCAGUUGUUGUGGCUCCUUCAUAACAGCUAUGAGGAGAAUCAGCAUCAAGUUCAUUUAUCUCCUCUUGAAGUUUGUAGCAAGCUACUUUGCAAAAGCCACAGGCUUUCUUUCCAUGAAAGGCUGAGUCAACUGCCGCACUCGGAGGUAUUCUUCUUGAUGACUACAUUUGUGAACAUAGUGGACAGCCCUGCUCUCGCCCACAUUGUUGCUAUUGACAUCUUUGAGAUUGCAUACCUUAAUGUAAACCUAAGGAAAUCGCUUCCCAAACAAGGAAGAGACUUGCUUUCCUCCCUCGCUCAAAAGCAGCCAUUUAUUGUGUCGGUGCUCUUGGAUGCAAUUGAAGACCACAUGUUGGCACUGGGCAUAAUGUCUUGCUACCUGAUGCGCGCAAUGCCGCUGGAGCUGUGGCAGCCCGACAAAGAAGACCUUGACAUCAUAGCCCAUUUCCUGCUCUGCUAUCCUCUGGAUUCACCUCAGAGUCUGCUGGCUAGGAUGUUGAUUGACGCUCUGAAUUACGGCACAAAUGAGCAGGGCCAGCUCUACCUGGAACGCAGCCUACACCAGUUUGUUGGAGUGCUACUGCUCAUGUCUUACAGAAAGUUUUGUGCUGACAGGGUUCACAAACAAGUGCGUUAUCUGCCCUUUGCGGCCACCAGUGCUUGCAAGUCCUCGACGCCCACGGAAUUCGGCAGCUGGGUCUGGGACAUUCUGUUUAAACUAAAGCUGCAUGCUUUUGACAGUAACCACCAUGCUCAGCUGAGCCUUGUCGUGGAUGAAAAUCCACCUGUUGACGUUGCACCAGAUCUUCAAAAGUACGAAUGGCUCCAGCCAGUUGCACAAGCCACCAAUGAGCUGUUGCCUUGUGGCAUCUUCCUGUCUUUUUCCAUUGCAAGCAUGGGCCACUGCAGGGAACAAGUGCUUACCGCGGGUCUUAACUCUAUUUCGACCCUAGUGCUUAAGAAGCAGUAUGCUGCUGCAAUAAAGUGCUUGAGCCUUGUUCUUCCACUUUUCUACAUGCGGCAGGAGAUGCUCAUAACUAACAGGAAAUUUUUGGAAGAUCUCCAACAUCUUGUUCUCGUUGACAGCACUAGCACGGCAGCAGCUUGGAGACUGGCCAGAUAUGAGCAUGAACGAUGUGUACUUAAGCUGCUUGCUGGUACAAUGGCUUAUCAUGUCAAGCAGGCCAAGCGUUGGGGCUUCCCAUCACUACCUAUCAGACUUUGGACAUCCUUACUUUUGCACCUUCCAGACAUCCCCAUGCAAAAGGCAGCCUCUAAAUUCAGUGGGCAGAGUGAUGUCAUGUACCUUCUUGACUUUCUGGUUCAGUUAGCUUAUUUCGAGGCAGACUGCCUGGAAAGUGCAUUGGAACAACUCACAACAUUGCUGAACAGCCUGACUGAACAGGCAAGCGCACCACUGUCCAUGAAAACCUGGCCCGCAGUUGUGCCAUUUAACUCUGCGCCAUCGGCUCCAUGGUUCGCUCUGGCAGGGAUGCUUGCUGAAGCUCGGCUGCCCAGUGUGGCAGCCAUGUGGGAAGCUGUGCUCUGUGCUGCAGUGUCACCUGAGUGCACUGCUGCAGUCAAGAAGGUCAUGCAAGCGCCCUUGGAUGUUCUUUUGCUGUACCGUUGGGCUCGUCAAGCUGUUGUCACUGAUGCAGAUCACCCUGCUCUUCCUCUGAUAUGGCAGCAGUUUUUUUUUCUCUACCUACGAAAGUGCCCCGACGGCAACAGUGCAGGCUUGCAUUUGUUCAAGUGUGGUGGCUUUUCAUCUUUGCUAAAGAAAGUGAAGCAGCGAGUGACCGAUCUGGUGGACCAUUUCUCCAAGUACUGUUCUGGUGAAGAGAAAGGGGCAUUGCCAAAGAUUCUGUGUGAGAGGUUGCUCAGAGUGUAUCGCAGUUUUGUCUUCUGGCUUGAAGACAAGCAAGUUUUGUGCACUGGUGUUGACCUUACUGCUUUACCAUCGAAGUACUGUCCAGAGCUGUUGUGUGCCACCAUCCAAGGCAGUGGUCAGCUGUGGCACGACCUUGUGUCCAUGGAGCCCUGGCAGUGUCAGCUGGAAAGCCUGGAGCUGGCCAAGUUCUCACCUGUUGUCCCCAGCCAAGGGAAACAGCAAGACAGCAAUGUGCCAGCUGUGAAAGAGGGCAUGGUUUUUCGAUUGGGGACACAUGAGAAGCCAGUGCUAGCAUCUCCUGUGCCCACAUUGGUACCUGUCAUCCCACCUGUGCCAGUUGUCGCGUCAGAAGUGCGAGAACUGGUUGCUUCACAAUUGAGGGCACUGCGGGCGCAGGCAACCACCGUUAAUGGCCAGCUGGACAUGCUGGCUCACUUAGAUCAGGCACACCAAAAUGAAUUGCUUCCUCUCCUCUACAAGAAUGUUGAGGCACAUGUAAGCCUGGUGCGCACAUGCGGUAAUGACUGCAGGGGUGCAGCGCAGUUGAACCUGACGUUUUACGAAGCCCGCCAGGAUCCCAACAUCUUGCUAAAGGUAAAGCAAAAUCGAACUGAAUGGCUUGCCACCCUGACAGGGCCGCCGCACGCUAGUUGCUGUGCCCUCGUUCAGUUGGAGGCAUGUCUUACUCAGCUAGUUCAAAGGCAUCGUCAGGCUUCGCCUGCUGACAAGAUUGCUCUCGCAGUGCUUGGGAGUGAGGUCUUUUUUGACCUGAUUGGAGCUUUACAGAAGGACAUUACCAGCUACUCCCCCACGCGACAGUUUCUUACUCUAUGCUUGGACAUGGUCGGUCAGGAGUUUGUGUCCAACAGGGCUAGCCAGUGCCUGCCUGUGCUGCAAGCAAUGCUCAAGAAUCCAAGCAUUGUAAACCACAUAUCACCGUUCUUUACUCCUGCAGCAGCUGAUGAUGAGCAGUAUGCUCUCAUGUACCACUCAUUAAGUUCCAGCCUCGUUCCAUCUCUCUACAACACUGUCUUUGUACUGCUAUCCAAGUUUGACCUCCCACGUUGGUUAACAAGCCAUGCACCAAGUCGGGCUGUACGAGGGAAUUUGCUGGUGGCGAUGGAGAUGAUGCUAGAAAAGUGUGGCCAUAAUCCCAAAACAACUGUGCUGCCCUUGGUCGAGCUUCUUUGUUCACACCUGCGUGGCUUGCUACAGUUCAGCUUUCCUCAGCAGUAUGCACCUGUCCUUACCAUGCUUCUCAGAGGCACGUCGUCCUGCUCCAUUCCUGUAGUCACUUGGAGCAUUCUUAUCCAGGCACUGGGCCGGAGCACUUCCGGUGAGGCAGCACACAUUAGGGACAUGUGUGCAAAGCAUCACUGUACCUUGUCGCUGGAUGAAGCAGCAGAGACCCUGGCUGUUGCAACAGCUCACUUUGCUGAACUCCGAACUUCUGAUGCUUCCUUAGCCAUGAAGGGCCUCUAUAGCAGAGUCAAGCCAUAUCUUUCUGUGCUGUGCCAUUUCUUCAGUGUUAUUGCACAUGCCUAUAUAUGGAAAAAGGUCAACUCCACGAAGGACAACCUACAACAGGCCAUCAAGGCUGUACUGCAGCUGUACGGGCCUUGGCUAGAACUAACAGAAGACAAGAAUGCCUGUGCACCAUGGUUGCCAAAUGAUACUGACAAAGCGCUCUGCAUGGCAGACUCACUUGUUUAUGCACUGGCUUUUUUUCAUGAUUGCUGCUGCAAUGUGGCUAACAUCAAUGUCAUGUCUUCAGUGUGGCAGCACUAUUUUGUUAAGUAUGUGUGGACGAACCCACCAAAGCACAUCACAGACACUGUGCAGGUCGCAUUUUACAAGCUUCCGUGGUCAAAGUUUUCACCUUCUGUUGAGGAUGUGAGGCUGGCCUGCAAGCUCUUGGAUGAAAAGUAUUCCGGACAUCUAACUUUCCUGGUACAAGUGUUUGUGCAAGUGCCAUGGCAGACCUGUCUGCGUGAUGCACUGCAACUUGCUCCUGAAUACAUCGUGGACUACUGUUCGUCCUUUGCUGAACUUGUUCUCGGCCUUGCAUGGCGCCCAAACAUGGCUGCAUUCGUAGCAACUUCCCUUCAUCCUUUGCGUGAAUAUAACUGGGGAGUAGUACCAGUGGAAAUAGUCUGGCGCCUGCAGAAGGUGUUUGCCAGCAGUUGCAACGUGCACCAGCUCUUAAAACCAAGUGUUGGUGUUGACAGGACAGUGCUGGAGUUCGUGGCUGCCCUGUCGUGCAUGCUGCCAGGCCAUGCGAACGACCUUCACAAGCAGCUCGCCUUUGUGACCAUGCUCGUCGGACUGUACAGCUCGGCUCUCGACGUCACCGACGCUAAAGAUCUGAUUUCGCUGCUUCCACAUUUGCUUGGUCAUUGUGAGCACGUGCAGGGUCCCGUGGUUCUCUUAGGCCGUGCCCUCUCGCUCCUGGACUGCUGUCCGGAGGGCAGCCCACAAGUACAGGCAUUGGUCGAAGGAUUGCUGUCCUGGCUGAAUGCUCGCGCAGGACAGCCAGUCUUGCUCUCAGUGCUGACUGCAUCCUGUGACAACGUGGCAUCUGUGCAGCAACUUGUGUGCAUUACCGAGGCUUGCCUCGCUGCGUUUCUCAAAGGGUCCUUACCAGACGACAGCGGCUGGUUCCGUGCUGUUGCUGCCUUCCAAAUCCCUGAGCUGACCUUGGCCAAUUUUCUGAAGCAGUGUGCCUGCCAAGCAGCACAUCUGACACAGCUGAUCUACGUGCUGCACUGCUUGCCACAAUGCCACUCGCCCGAGGAUGAGUGGGUUCUCUUGGACCAGCUGGCCAGUUGGGUGUCUGAAGGAUGCGCUACCUGCACUGGUGGAACUUCUGAACCGAAGCUGCUGUUGCUUUGGUCCAAGCUGCUGAUCUUGAGCGUGCGCCAGCUUGACUUUGGCAGCCAUCCAGAAGCAGUUCACAACCUCUUGGUCAAAUUUUGCUCCACACUUGGCACUCUUGGCGAAGACCGCGACACCAGUGGCCUUUUGGGAGCGCUAGGCAUGGGGCGCCGAUCUAUGGUUUCCGCAAAACUCCGACUGUGUUGUAGGGCGGUGGCUGCCUUUGUGGCUGCACGGCUUGACAAUAAUGCAGCCCUUGCCGACCAGACGCUGUCUCGACUCCGCAGCCUGCAGACUUCGAAAGCAUAUCUACCAUUGUCACAGGAAAUACAAGCAGCCCUAGGCAUUGUGCAAGACACUAGUCUUGAUGGCCUUAGAGACAGCCUGCGUCUCGUGAGCAGGCUUGUCGACUCAUUGUAUCGUGAAGAAGCAUUGUUGCGUAUUCUCGUUUUUUGGCAGCACACAAUGAUGCCUGGGCGAGUAUGACAUGUUGGCCGUCAAUGCAGUGUGGCUGUCCACGCAGUGUGUUGCUAUACAGCGCCCACAGUAGAGGUCACUUCCUGAUGACAGGCAGUUUUUUGCACAUUCUCAUUAUGCAAGCAUUGUCUGUUCUGUCUGUACGCUAUGUCCAGAUUUAGUGAUUGGUUUCGUUCCCUUUAUUUAGUCUCAUCAGACUAAAUAGUCUGAUAAGACUAUUUUAUAAAAUCAAAUAAAGUGUUGUUUCAUCUGUCAUUAUGACAUAUAAUACUAUAAGUAUCAUGUCUGGAAAAGAUAAGGGGUUUAGUGUGCUGGCGUUGAUUGCCUUCCUCCCUUCUCUGUAUUGACAAGCUUGCGAGACGGGCCGUGUUGAAGCCCCACAUAGCAGCAACAUUCCUCCUACACCUGCGCUGUGUUGUAUUCUUUAAGCUUUUACUGCGUGCUCAUUAUUGCAGCACGAAAAAAGCUUUUUCUCUUUCUUUUCAUUUUUUUUGCUACAUUUCUGUUUAAAGGAAAUCUCUACCAAUUUCAAGAUCAUUACCGACAGAAAAAUCUUGCUUAAUUCUAUACCAGAAAAGUGUUCAGUCAAUAGUAGGAGCUGUACAAUCUUUGGGAGGCCCAUUCCUCAUGGGCGUAAGCUUCACAUAGGAUGUGGAGCAUUACAUAGCAUGUCACUAUGUAAUGUACCGUACUAUGUUGACAGUACCGAAAGUAGCACCGAUUUUCAGAAAAGCUCUCUAAUGCAAAAAAUGAAUGUGUUAAAUGCUGGCGAAGCAAUAACUUUUAAUCAAAAGCAGAGGAUUCCUGGCCCCAACCAAUGCUUUCAUAAUUGCAUAUUUGUGCGGUGUCAUGUGACACAUGAACUUCUUUAAUUGUGAUGUUAUACUGCAGUGUGUUCAAUCCUAUCACUUUUGCGUUUGUUUCGGUGGUUCUGGUUUAACAGUGUUUUCCUUUUUUUAAGGGCGAAAACUUGACUCGUCCUCAUUUUCAUCAUUUAAAGGCCAAUUCCUUCUAUCCACACCAUAACCUCUUAAGAUGUUUCACCUGGUAGACAGUGCCUUUAAAUGCUGUUACAUGUUACCAGCUAAAGCUGCCAUGUCAUGCUUCAUAUAUUUUUAUUUUUGCAAACUAUGCACAUCCUGGCUCAGAGUGGGGUUGAGCAUAUGUCACAAAUGCCUUUUUUUUUCCCUAGAACAAGCUGUUAAGUCAAUCGUUUCUUGUCACACAAUAGGUGUAUUCUCUUUGUCUAUGACACUCUCGCAAUAGUCAUGUUUGUGCUUGUUGCUUUGUUUAAAAGGAUGUUUUAUGCAAGUCAUUUGUUGAUGCUGUUUAAAAGGUCUCAUUAUGUUUUGCAUUCAUGUUGCAUAUAGUAGAGCUGUGUGUACUCCAGAAAGAAGUGCGAUCCUUGCUAUUUUCACACAAUUUUGAUGCUUUUGUGUUUGACAUGUUAAAGUUAACGUAACUCUGCCAUUUACAUUGUAUUGCCAACAAAUAGGCUUCACAGAUUCACUUCAAACCAUUUGGGAGAGAAACAUACAAAAAUAUGUAUUGAGGUUCUGAAACCUAACCGACAAAAGUUCAUGUCACGUGUACACCAAAGGGAAAGUGCAAGUCAUAGGUUUUUGACGUUUGAACAAAAGAGCAUAGUACACUUGUAUAUGGAUAUUUACUAGUUUCUUCAUUGUGCAAAUGUGUAAGACAAACACUGCUUAGAUGUAGCUUCGCCUCAUAUUCCAAGCUGUAUUGCAUCAAUCGAUACUAUUCAUCAAGUGUUUCUUUUUUCUCAAGAAAGGUCUUCUUGUGAAAAGGUUGUGAUAAAUUGCCACAUCAGCCGUGGCAGACUUGUCAAGCAAACUUGCUGUCAAAUAAUAGUACAGUGGUCACAAAUGCUGGUGCCCAUCUAGCUCUUGGAGGGAGUAUGCAUUUUCCAAUUCCACUGCUGUCAUGUAAUGACCAAAAUAUGAAGACAGGCUUUGUAUUUGAUGUCACUAACAAACUGUGGCUUUGUCCAGUAGUUUUUAUUGUGAUUUGAACAGGCAUUUUAGUGAGCAGUUUAAGAGUGAAAGUGUUUGAUACAUGCAAUUGUGUGAUCCCUGAGCUACUGCAGGCAGUGCAAUGUGGAGCAUACCAAUGAACAAAGUUUUAUAUGUUUGCAAAUGUGUGCUUUUGAGUGACAUGUACUUUGCACAAUAAAACAUUUUCUAAGCUUUG